ACACCCUUUCAGUUAUUCGCUUUUACUAGUGUUAGAGUUGUGUCCCUUAGCCGGAUGUGACGUCAACGGGGGAUAGAAAUUCGCCAGAGAAAAUAAAAUUUUACUGUGUCGCUGAAGAAAUCAACGUCUUUAGCACAAUAUAUGCGAAUCAUCCCAAAUGCUAUGUUCAGAAACAGUGAAGUACCAUGGGCUGAUGGCUGAACCAGAUCCUGUAACAGAAAAGAAAGUACAACAGUACACGACUGAUUGUCAUAAGCUGUAUGCCAAGGAUGUCCCUGGCGCUGUUUUACCGCAACUUCAACCAGAAAGAUGCAAAGUUACAGAGUUGCGAAUAUGGUUGAAAUGCCGGGGACAAGCUGUGAAAUCGAAUGAGACAAAAGCCGAACUUUGCUUGAGGGUAAAGAAAUUCAGUGACAACCAGGAUAACAUCCUAAUUGUGGAUCCUUAUCCAGACCAGCCAUUUGCAGCUAAGCAGAAGUCGUCCUGUAUGAACUGUCAAGGACAAUCAACAGUGUCAACAGCGGAAGAACAUCUUAAUUUGGAAGAAUGCACAUGGACCCAAAGCACCAGACCGAUCUUCAAAGACUUUUCGUACAUGAACAUUCUGGAAUGGACCAAAAGUUCUGGUAAAGGUUCAAAACUGGGUGUUGAAAAGCCUAUUCAACGAGGCUAUGUGUUUUUUCAUGACGGUUAUGUAUUCGACACAUGGACAUCUGAACGUAACAGUUCAACAAUUGUUAGAUGCAAGUGUUUCCGCUCCAUGAAAACCGGUAAUCAGAAAUAAAGAGUAUUGAAAUAAUCUAAAUUAUAUUUGAAAGUAUUCAAUUUUGUGUUAUUUUAGUGUCAGUAUUUGUGAGAUUCACCUCAAAUCACAUUUAUUCAUUCAAUAUAAUCAUAGGAUCUCAGCUCAUUUUGGUGCAAUACCUGUAUCUGCAUGUUUGUAAUUUUCAGAUUGUGUUUCCUUAAAUUAGUUUAUGAUUUCUAGCUUUCACAUGUUGUCUUUCAUCAUUAAUCUUACAAUUAAUGAUACUUCAUACUGUUUUGUGAUGAACUAUGCUACUCAAAUGUGCUUAUCUUGCAUUAUUUCUGUUGUAAUAAAGCUUAUAUCAUUGAUUACAAAGUGUUUUUACUCAAAGGAUUACGCAAAUCUGUAGCAGAGUCUUAGUGAAAUAGUUGCUAUGGUGUCUGCUAAGCAAUCUGGAGCAACCAGUUUUGAUCCCCAUUGAGAAUCAGUAAUGGUUCUUCCCAGGAAACGAACUUAAGUACUGAUUUGUCUCAAUAUGCAUUGGACUUUCUUAGUUUUACCUAAUAUUUCCCAAAAAAAACUAAAAUUUCUAUUAACAAAAUUAUUUAUUCAGUAGUCAUACAAUCAAAACAAAUUAACAAACAUGAUUAAAAAGAUGUAUAUACAAUUUUUAUGUAAAGGCCACACACCUUAUUUGGCAUAGUAAAUUUAAGUAUGAGUGACAUAUUUUAUCUAUGCCAAUUAGAAUAUAUCUGGUGGUUACAAGGUAGAAAUCCAUCUUUUUUGCACUUUACAACUUAAAAAUAAUCGCGUUUGUCGAAAUGGAUGUGUACGUCUGGAAAUCCUACUUUCGGUUUUAAAAGCAGUA